AUGUUUGAACGACUCGAAUCAGAGGGCUAUGCAGUACACCGGAGUGCCUAUGGAUUGGAGACUGCCUUUGAGAUUGAGUAUUCCCAGGGCUCUGGAGGCAGGGUCGUGGUCUUCAACGCAGAAUACGAUGCACUUCCACGGAUUGGACAUGCAUGUGGCCAUAACCUCAUUGCAACUAGUGCUAUAGCCGCAUUUCUUGCCACCUGCGAGGCUAUGAAGCUCCAAUAUCGAAACGGACCAGGUUUCACCGUCCGUCUCUUAGGCACGCCUGCCGAGGAAGCAGGAGGGGGGAAGAUUCACCUGAUCAACAAAGGCGCAUACAAAGAUGUGUUUGCCUGCCUCAUGCUUCACCCGAUAUCGCCUCUACCGCACGAUGAUAAGUUUCUCAGUAUAGCAGCAGGGCCCCCUGGGGGUUUUCUUGCUACUGAUGAUGUCCGUGUCACCUUCACAGGCAAAGCCGCCCACGCGGCCGCAGCUACGUGGGAACGCAUUAAUGCUCUUGAUGCAGUCGUUGCUGCGUAUCUUAAUAUCUCCCUUCUUCGUCAGCAGAUACUGCCCAGUAAAAGAGUCCAUGGCACUAUUGUGAACGGCGGUGAACAGCCGAAUAUCAUUCCAAUGUCUGCGUCGGUAGACUACUGUAUGAGAGCGUCCAGUGUAAAAUCUCUUAAAGAUUUGAAAGAAAAGAUUACCAAAUGCUUUGAGGCUGCAGCAACAGCCACUGGAUGCGGGGUCAAAUUAGAGUGGAGCGCGGUUUCUUACGCCGAUUUGAAGGUGAAUCAUCCGAUAUGCGAGCGGUUUGUCGAUGCAAUGCAAACAAUGGGCCACGAUUCAGUUAUGGAAAUGCCUGAGCAGGAAGGUCUCCUGAGCGGAGGCUCAACAGAUAUGGGCAACGUGUCCUAUGAGGUACCCGGCUUCCAUGCUAUGUAUAUCAUUCCAGCAGACGGUGUCAAUCACACGCACGAAUUUGCCCGCGCUGCCGGAUCCUCCGAAGCCUUCGAGCGCACUAUUGCCUGCGCGUCGGGAAUUGCGCAAGUGGCAUGUCAAAUUCUGGUCAACGACGAUUUUGCGGAACAGAUAAAAAUGGAUUUCGACAGACAGUAG